CCUUUUCUGGUUCAUAUUUAAGAGCAAUGACCUUGUAACUGUUGCGAAACCAUCCUUGGCAGCCACUUUACAGUUGGUCGUGAUCUUCAUUGUCUUACCUUGCGCCGAUGUGGCAAGAGUUUUGUUUUGAUUUUACCCAUUAGUCAUAAUUAAACUGACGCGUGUGUCUAAAUUUAAACGCCAAUCAUAUGACAUAUUUGUCUAAUUAAAAUGUGCAUUGGACCCAAAACAAUAAUUAAGGGAGGAGGGAGCAUGAGUCCUGACUAAAUGCUCAGACUAUGUGCUAGACCCAGACCCUCCUCCUAAUCAUAGCUUCCCUCAAAGCAUCUUAUGCGAGAGUUGGCCACGAGAGAAAAAAUAGAAUAGAGGAGAGAGAUGUCCACGGUGCGUUAAAAAUAGCCCAAUCUAUUCGAUGUUUUCUCAGUUUUUCCCGAGCUGGCCAACCGAAAAGUUCCGUUCGAGCGUCGAGCGGAUAGAAAAUUUAGAUUUCGAACAAAAAUUUUCCAACGUCUCGUCGAAUACAUAUAGAACUUUAUCAUAUGUAUACUAGAUUAUUACUUUCGUUACUUUUUUCGGUUUACCUUGAAGUGCCAAGUUUACAACGAUAUAUAUUUUAACGAACUAAUCAUCAUAGUGAUAAAAUAAAACCUAUCCUUUGUGUGGAAAAGUGAAAGUUAAUAGAAAAUUGCGAAAUCGACAAAACUCGCGUGUGCGCACACAGAUAUAGACAUCGAUAUUUCUGUGUGUAUAUAUGCUAGCCAUAUCAAUUGGAAACGAUCUAUAGAUCUGCAGAACGCUGUAUCGUCGUUGGAUCACCGGGUUUUCUUUGUGCUCUGACGAAGAACAGUCUUUCUCUUGAGGAAAAGUCGCAUUAAGGCAGAUCGUAGAUCGUAAAUAUAACGCUUGCCAGACGACAAGCAGCAGCAGCAUUAUCAUCGUCAUCAUUGCUUGCAUUGGUAAACAGAUCGCCACAACCGCAUACCAGAGCGCUGCUUUUCGCCUUUGUUCUUCUCGGGGAAAAUGGGAAAUGCCGAGUCCACCCAGUCUGCAGAUGAGGCGCAGAUGCAGCCCCAGCAGCAGCCAACCGACGGCGACGAGCCCUGGUGGCACAACAUAGAGCACGAAAAUCUCAUUCUGGAGCAGGCCCCUCAACAAUUACCUAGAAAUUCAGAGGAAGCUGGAUCUUCCGUUGCUUCUAGGAAAGAAAAGCAAGAAAAAUCUUUGGAAAUUAUCGCAGAGGAGGCUCCAGCAAUGGCGGAUGACUGUCCAAAAAAAGAACAAAGUCUGGAGGAAUUCAGGGAGGAGUUGCGCCAAAAGAGAGAAGCUCGACAAACUGCCGUGCAGGAUCUAAGAGAUGAGAUAACAAAUCUUAGGCAGCAACUGGCCAAAGAAAUGGCCGAGAAUCGAAGGCUACGCAAGGAGCAGGGUGAAGAGGAGGAAGUACAGGAGCAGGAAACCACUCCAAAUUCAGACAUCGAUCCCGAUGAUGACAAUCCCACCUCCAGAAGUCGCCAUGCCAAUAUCGAGCUUGCCAAUGCCCAGCUAGCCCUGCAACAGGCUCAGGCCGAGAAUCUAUCGCUGCGCGGAGAGCUGGAAGUGGUUCAACGCCAGGUGGGAACCCUCAAGGAAGUCAUCUCCUGCUGCAAGCAAAUGCUGAGUGUCAAGGAGGAACAGUGUGCUCAGCUUAAGGUGAAGCUAACCCAAAUAGAGAAUUCAUUCAGCGAGCGCGAGAUGAAGAUAAUGUCGAAUAAUCUCCGCCAAGAAUACGAGCGUCAACUGGUUAACAUUCGUCAACUAAGACAACUUUAUGAGGAACGACAACGUGUGGCGGCUGCUGAGUAUGAGAACCUGCAACGAUUAAUCUCAAUCAAAAAGGAUGAACUCAUAGCCGAGCAGGAGAAAACCAAGAACUUUGAGGAGCGCAAUCAGACCCUUAUGAAAGAGGUGGAAACAGCCAACGAGGAGCUGGCCAAGUUGCGUGAGGAAUGCAAUGAGCACAAGUUCGAGAAGCGUCUGCUCAGCGAGCAGGUGGGAGCAGUCAACAUGCUCUUUAGCCAGCUCAUCAUGGGUUUCAAUGAGAAAAGCAGCAUGGACAUUGAUCGUCUAAAUCAAAUGCUGGAAGAGAACCGUCAGCUUCUCAAUCAAAUGACCCAAGCCGAAGGCAGUUGCAGUGAUGGCGCCACGCUGCCCAAGCUCCUCUUUGAGCUCGUAGAGCAGGCCACUGGUCAUGGCGACUCCCCAGUGGAAUCGGACAAAAGUCGCAGCGCCACGCCCACGCCCACAAACGAGGACACCACGGACAGUUGUAAACCGGAGGCUGCACUCGUCAGAAAGCACAGAAAGAGGAGCUCGGGAGCGGGAGCCGGUGCGGGUGCCAGUGCGGCUUCGUUAAAAAGCCAUGAGCCCGAAAUUAUGGGAAAAGUUGCCUCGGCCCAAGAAAUCAUUGGCAACUUGCCAAAAGUUUGGAAAGUGUUGAUGGAGCUCUUGAGCCACCACAAAAUCGAGCGCGUGCAGUUCGAGGAGCUGCCGUCCUGCAGUGGUGCUAGUGCGACCUCAACUAGUGCUGGUCCUGCCUCAACUGGUGCAGCUGGAGUAGAUGGAGGGCCGGAGGAUACCCACCGCAAGCCAUCGGAGCUGAGCGUCAGCAAGACCUACAUCAAGCUGAAGGACCUCAUCCUGGAGAAGAAGUCACUGGUGAAGGAGACGAGCCGCCUGAAGACUCUAAACAGCCACCUUGACUACCGCCUCAACGAGCAGCAGAAGCGGUUGAGUGCGGUUAGCUUGGAGCUGACCAAAACCUGGCACUUGGUAGGUAAGAUGCAGCGCCAGCACCGCCAGCUCCACACCCAGGAACAGAUCCUUCGCUACCAACUGCAGCAAAAGAGGCGGCUCUUAAGCGAACUGAAGGAUGAGCUGGAAUACUGCCGCAGGAAAUGGGCUUUGGCCAGGGCAAAGAACGAUGAGAGCCAGGAACAGUGCGAUGAGUGGCGGCGGGAAUUUGCGAGGAGGAAGCUCGAAGAUGCCAAUCAUUCGGCGGAGAGUGGCUACAGCGAUUCGGGGCCUCAGUCCGAUGAGGAACGUGAGGUGGCGGCAGCAGCUCCCGUUGAGGCAGCUACUUCAUCAUCAUCAUCGUCCGCCUGUCGUAGGAAGAUUCUCAGGGAUCAAUUCGAGCAUACGCGCAGGAUUAAGCGAAUGCAAAGCACUUCACCCGGUCGACAAGCCGAGGAGAUUGUCCUCCGCUGGAACAGUGCCCCACCUACAUGUGGUUGGCGUGAAGAAGCUUCAGACUCAGCAGGAGACCCAAGAGGUGGAGCAGACAAUGAGGAGCAAGAGCAAGAGGAGGAGGAUGGAGCACGUGGGGGUGUUUCGAGGACAUCACACAGCUCUAGGAGCAGGCAACGAGCCGAGGAUGAUACUCCUGGAACUUCUGGAACCGCUAGUCGCAUCCAGAAGCUGGAGGAGCAGUGUAAAAACCUCAUCCAACAGGUCCUAGAGACCUCCGACAAUCGUGAACGUCUCGAGAUUCAGUUAUGCCAGUUCCAGGAUGAAAUCUCUCCCGCACAGCACGCUGUGCCCCUGGAGGAAUUUAUCAAUAAAAAGCGUUUCGAACGGAUGACCAGAGCCAGCUCCGCACCAGCCACCGGAAGUCUCACGCCCAGGGAGGAGGAGUACACUAGGAAGCGAUCAGAGCGAUUGGGUCGGCUCGAGGAGGAGUCUCGUCAGCUAAUAUCGAGGAUUAGACGUACCGCAGACAGGGGACACUAUCUGAAAAAGUCCCUAGACAGGAUCAGAAGGGCACCAAGUCGGGAGGGAAGUUUUGAAAGUAAUACAGAAGAAGAAGCUGCGGCUGUACCUUCUAACAAAACUUCAACGUCGCCACUCACGGUGAAGGAGGAGGCCUACACCUCCAGGAGAGCGGCGCGCCUUCAGCGUUUGGAGCUGGAAAGCCAGCAGUUGUUAGCGCAGCUUUCCAGGAACACCGACCGUGGCGAGAGCUUGGUCACCAAGCUGGACACUCUGCACGAGCAUCAUCAAAGUCCGAAUCCUCAGCGAGAGCAACCUCAAUCCUCGGCCAGCAUCUCGCAAACUCUGGAACAGCGUUUGGAGGACAUUGAGCGAGUAUCAGACAAUAGAGCCGAACGUCUCCGUUUGCUGGAAGCACAGGGAAAUGAAUUGAUAGCCAGGUUGAGCUCCACCUCCCAAAGGGGCACCGCCAUGAUCAACAGAAUAGCGGAACGUGAAGCCAUCCGCCGUCAGGAAGCUGAACUUGUAGAGCAAGCACAGCCUUCGGAGGAGGCCACCACAUCCUUGAACUCUGUGGCCUGCACUCGAAUUGUGCCCAAGCCGGAGGAGGAGGAGGAAAUCGAGGGAGCUGCCUGUUGCGUCACUGUAACCACCACCUCGACUCAGUUAGCCAUUCAAAAGCAAUCCACGGGAGCCAUUCCCAAAGUUACGAGUACUAUGAGGAGCAGGCCGCAGGCCCAGCUGUGUGCAGCCUCCCGACAGGAUGAUGUGGCCAGAAAGCGAUCAUCUGUCAAGGAAGCUGCCAAGGAGCAACAGGAAGCUACCAAAGAGCAACAGGAAGCUCCUGAGACUCUAGAGCAUAUGGUGCAACGACUUAGAGCAUUGCCUUUUCCUGAGAUAAACCAGGAAGUGAAGGAAAUGGAAGUCGAAUUACUAGAGGUACAUAGUCUAGAGAAACUUGAAGUUGCAGAGUGCCAGGAGGAAAAGGAAUCUAUAGAAGUUAUACAUUUGGAAGAAUGUGGUCUUGAUAUAACCCAUGAUGAACAGAGUGCUCGAAAGGAACAAGCUGAAGGCCAGCAAAGGGAAGACUCAACACCUGAGCAGCAGGAAGAGAAAGUGGAGAAGGAGCACUCGGAGGAGGAAAGGCACCCUAAAAGAUGUUCACUAGACUUAACUACGACUACGAAAACUCGCUGAUAAAACUGCUAGGACCAGUGACCAAAUAACAAACAUCUAUUGUUAAUUGUAAUCACUUAUGAUGAAUAAAGAAAUACAUAUUUUUUCCGUGUCUACAAUUCGUAAA